AUGGCCGCGUUCUUAGCUCGGAAAUCACUUCUCGCCCUUCGCACCCGCCAGAUGGCUGUUGCAGGUCAAGGGCUUCACAAUCCCCAAAAUUAUGGAAUGCGAUUGAGUUCACACCUCUACUCUACCAAAUUAGAGGACGAGGAAAGGGAGAAACUUUCAAAGGAAAUGUCAAAGGAUUGGAGUGCUGUUUUUGAACGAAGCAUCAACACCCUUUUCCUCACUGAGCUUGUUCGAGGUCUAAUGCUGACGCUGAAGUACUUCUUUGAUAAAAAUGUUACGAUCAAUUAUCCAUUUGAGAAAGGCCCUCUAAGUCCACGUUUCCGUGGUGAACAUGCACUCAGACGAUAUCCAACAGGAGAGGAACGUUGCAUUGCUUGCAAACUUUGUGAAGCGAUAUGUCCUGCACAAGCAAUAACAAUUGAGGCUGAGGAGCGUGAAGAUGGCAGCCGCAGGACAACUCGGUAUGAUAUUGACAUGACCAAGUGCAUCUAUUGUGGAUUUUGUCAAGAGGCAUGCCCAGUUGAUGCCAUUGUUGAAGGGCCAAACUUUGAAUUUUCUACAGAGACUCACGAGGAGCUUCUAUAUGACAAAGAGAAGUUGCUUGAAAAUGGGGAUAGAUGGGAAACGGAAAUUGCAGAGAACCUGAGAUCUGAAAGCCUUUAUCGCUGA